ACUCUCAUGGAACAGUCAAACCAAACAUCUGUGAGCAGUUUCAUUUUACUCGGUCUCUCCAGCGUCCCGUAUCUCCAAGUUAGCUACUUUCUGUUAUUCUUGGUGAUCUACGCGGUCACGGUGUCCGGAAAUCUCCUGCUAAUUAUCGUGGUUCGCAUUGAUACCCAGCUGCAGACCCCUAUGUACUUCUUCCUCAGCAACCUCUCAUUCAUUGACAUCUGCUUCUCUUCAACCAUAGUGCCCAAAAUAUUGGUGGACACUUUAUCGAGCGACAAAAGUAUUUCAUUCAUAGGAUGUGCUGCUCAGAUGUAUUUCUCCUUGGCACUCGGCGCUACAGAGUGCAUAAUAUUGGCCGUCAUGGCGUACGAUAGGUAUGUGGCUAUAUGUAACCCUUUGCGUUAUGUGACUAUUAUGGGGAAAAAGCUCUGCAUCUCCCUGGCGGUUGGGUCAUGGACCUUGAGCUUCCUAAACUCUGUUAUCCACGCUACCUUCACCUUCCGGCUACCUUACUGUAAGUCGACUCAUGUCAACCAUUUUUUCUGUGAGAUGCCGCCACUCUUCCGAUUGUCUUGCAAAGACACCUUGUUCAAUGAAAUAGCAGUAUAUAUUUCUGGAGGGUUGAUAGCGCUUUGCUCCUUCAUGUUGACAAUCAUUUCUUACUUCCAUAUCAUCUCCACCAUCUUGAAGAUCCGCUCUACCAAAGGGAGGUACAAGGCGUUCUCCACUUGCGCCUCGCACCUGACGGUGGUCUCUCUCUACUACGGGACCAUCAUGUUUAUGUAUCUGCGUCCGCGGCAUAGUUACUCUCCGGAUAGGGACAGGGCUGUGUCAAUCCUAUAUACGGUGAUUACCCCAAUGUUGAACCCCAUCAUCUACAGCAUUAGAAAUAAAGAUGUUAAAGGUACCUUAAGGAGGACUCUAGCUUUAAAAAUUAAAUGA